AUUAAAAUCUUUUUUGAUUUUAUAUAUUACAGAAGUUAACUAAAUGUUUGCAUCCACUUCUUAAAACAGUCAGACCUGUUGUGCAUCUGUUACUCCCUGUGCUCUUUAGUUUUAUCAGUUUCACUGUAUGCUCUUCAACAGGUCUGUGCAAAUGGCCCUUGUGUUGCUCCUGCUGUUUUCAGGAUUAUCUUAUUUCACACUCGCAUCAAAUCGUCUAAGAUAUUUCAAUGAUACUGGAGUACAACAUGGGUUUUGGAAUGAGUCCUGUAAUGGGGCUUCACAUGUGACUGUGUAUGAUGAAGAGGACUUCGAGUUUGUGAAAAGCUUUUUGGCUUUCAGAGACUCAUCUCAUGUUGCCACUUGGCUUGGUCUGCAUAAGACAAAAAAAAAUAUCAGUUGGUCAAAUGAUACUCCUUUCAACUCCACCAUGUUUACUGAGAACGGAACACAGUCGCAGAUAUGCGUAGCCAUCAACGGAACGACCUGGAACCAUUUCAAUUGUGCAGAGCGGAAACCUUUCAUGUGCCACAUUGGUUCCAACUACAAGCUGAUAACACGCAAUAAGAACUGGUGCCAGGCUCUGCAGUACUGCCGAACUCACAACGGUGAUUUAGUCAGCAUAGGAAAUGACACCGAAAAUAAGAGAGCGAUUGAAAAGGGGGAAGGAAAGAGCUUUUGGAUUGGACUUCUGAACGAUGAUUGGGAGUGGGAGGACGGAAGCUGCUCCACGUUCAGAGAAUGGAAUACAUCUAGAGUAUCACCAGGUUCCACGUUUGCAUACACAACGUUUAGCAACAUUUCGAAGGAAAUUAUUAAAGUGACGGAUGAUGGUCAUGCAGACUCCUUUUGCACCAAAGGUACCACGAGAAUCAAAGUCAUUCCUUACAAUUUAACGUGGGAAGAGGCCUUUAACUACUGCAAGGAAAGCCACACAGGUCUGCUGCAGAUUAUCGAUGAGAACGAUCAGAAGGCUGUGGAGCAAUGGCUAAAUUACACUUCCGUCAGUGGCCCCUUCUGGAUUGGCCUCAGGCAGAGUCGCGUUUUCGGGUUCUGGAUUUGGAGCGACAGAAUGGUGAACUUCAGCAAGUGGAAGAACGGCAUUCAACCCGAGCUUCCGUUGUCCAACCUUUGUGGCGCAAUCAAUAGCAACUACAUGUGGACUGACGAAAACUGUUUGGUUCGGCAACCUUUUCUUUGUGAGGAGGAGAUUGUCUUCAUGAAUAAAUUAAAGACGGCGAGAAAACAAUAACUAUUUCCUUUACUACUGUAAUUAUUCACGAGUGUCUCUCAUGAAUUCCGUUUGGUACAACAUAAUCAGGUGUUUCUAUUUUGGUUUGGUACUAAUCAAUACAGUACAGUACAAUACAGAGAGCAUGUUUGCUGUGUGCAUUACCGUUUGCUAGAGACCACUUUCAUGUGAGCUUAGUUUCAAAAUAAAAAAUGUAUGUGUAAGUUCAUUUCUAGAUAGCUUGCUUGUGUGGGGAAAAAAAUACAAUAAAUUUCAAAUUCCAAACAUUGGGAGUCUUACUAUGAA